AUGGACGCUUUGAGGAAGGUUAUUCUUUUAAUCUUGGCUAUAUCCUUUAUGGUAUUUGUGACAUUUUUCGGUAGACUACCGGCUCUAAGGGGUAACUCUAGGAAAACACCCAUCGCUUGGUUAUAUCGACUGAUAUGGAUUCAUUUCCCCAACCUGGUGUCCAGCGUGGACCAGAAGCUCACCUCUGGGAGAGUAACCGGAUCACUUGUAUGGCUAUUCAACCGGCUCAUGUAUGAGCGUCAUCCCACGAUCGUGAUCUUCUUCAUAUUGAUCAUGACCGUAUCCGAGUAUCUGUAUCUUCCUCAGAUCUGGCCCAAGAUCAGCCUCUUCAACAAGUUCACCGUUCUCGUCACAGUCGUCGUGCCGUAUGUGUUGCUUUACCUUGCUUGCGCCGCAGAUCCAGGCUACAUCACUCGUGAGAAUCACGCCUACCACAUGUCUCUCUACCCCUACGACCACACUCUUUUUCACCCCGGCAACGAGUGCCGCACCUGUAAAUUCAUCAAGCCACCUCGGUCUAAGCACUGCGAUAUAUGUAAGCGCUGCAUCGCCAGGGCCGACCACCACUGCGUUUUCAUCAACUCCUGUGUGGGGUACGGUAACCACCACUGGUUCCUUCUGCUCCUUUUGUCGGAAUGUGUCUUGAGCACUUACGGUGGCGUCCUCGGCCUCUCCAUCCUAAAGACGAAAAUCAAGGCAAUGUACCCGAUGUGGUCUCUCUGGCCACCCAAGGAAAUGGAUUUCAACAAGUACUUUGCCAUCUGGGGCGUGGGUCUCCACGGCGAUAUCCGCAUGGGUGCUUCCACUCUCCUCGCGGUCCUCAUAUCUCCUCUCAUUUGGGGACUUACCCUCUAUACCAUCUUCCUCAUCUACUGCGGCACCACGACCAACGAGUCCAUGAAGUGGACCGAUCUCAAGGAAGAUAUGCGCGAUGGCUACGCCUUUCGCCGUCCUUUGGCUCCCAAUCGACUCAUGAGCAAGCAGUGGGAGCCGCCAAGUCCCCGGUGGCCCUCUUCCCCAGAGUGCAUCAUAAUGACGACCUUGGACGGACAGCCACCGAACAUUGAAAAGAAGUUUCCCGGCGAGGGCCAAUGGGAACAUGUAUGGGAUCUGAAAGAUGUUGAAAACAUAUAUGACCUCGGGUUCUGGCACAAUAUGGGUGAUCUGUUCGUAUCCAACUACGAACCUGGUGUUGAAGCGAGUGAGCCUCUUGCUGAGCGCCGACCGCGAGGGAGGAGCAUAUCUACAAAGCUCGGGCGCCCUCAGUGA